AUGGCAGGUCGAAGACCUUCUUCGAUUGGUGGCAGAACAUGCAAUAGGAGAUCGUCUGUUGAAACAUUUGGCGAAGAAGUGGUGACUGAAGUGGAAACACCAGUCUUGCCCCCAUAUGACUUCAUUCCCAAUCCUUCUAGCAAUGGAGGUUUGAUGAAUGCCGUUAAAUCCUUGUCAAACGAACAAUUACGAGGCGGAAAGGUAUUCAUUGGCACUCCAGGCGUAGCAACAAAUGAAUGGGCAGGUGUUGCAGAGAAGAACAAUAUCGCAAAACGAUUAAAGGAUGAAUGCGAUUCAGUGCCCGUUUGGGUUGAAGAUGAUACCUUUGAAGCAGCAUAUGCGCACUUUUGCAAACAAAUCCUUUGGCCAACAUUUCACUAUACACUUCCAACACGUAACGGAUUGGAACACGAACAUGAAGGUUUUGCAUGCUAUCGUGAAUUGAACAAACGGUUUGCACAAGCAAUUGUGGACGAAUACAAGGAAGGUGAUAUCAUCUUUAUCAAUGAUUAUCAUCUCUUACUUGUACCAGAAAUGGUACGUGAGAAGUUACCGCAUUCAAAGAUUUGCUUCUUUUUGCAUAUCGCAUGGCCAAGUUCAGAAAUUUUUCGUUGCUUGACUGCUCGUACGCAUAUUCUAAAAGGAAUGCUUGGAGCAGAUUUGGUAGGAUUUCAAACGCAAAACUUUGCUCGUCAUUUCCGUCAAACGGUCUCGCGAAUUUUGCAAUUAGAAGCAACGCCAAAAGGGAUUCAAAUCGAUGGAAGGGGAGGUUUUGUUACUGUUGCAACUUUCCCGAUCGGUAUUGAUGUGAAAAGUUUGAACAAAAGACGUGCUCAACCAGAUGUGGCGGAAUGGGUUGAAAAAUUACGUUCAAGAUAUGAAGGCAAGAAAGUGGUGGUAGGACGUGAUAAAUUGGACAGCAUCAAAGGUGUCAGACAGAAAUUGCUGGCUUUUGAGAUUGCACUACAUGAACAUCCGGAUCUGAUUGGAAAAGUGGUAUUGCUGCAAGUCGCAUUGGCCACAACGGAAGAAAAUGAAGAAGUUGCAGCGGCUACAGAUGUUGUUUCCCGAAUCAACAACAAAUACUCCACCCUGACAUACCAGCCUGUCGUAUUCUUGCAUGUUCAAGAUAUCACUUUCUGUCAAUACUUGGCCUUGCUUACUAUAGCAGAUGCAUUCCUUGCAACAAGCUUGCGAGAAGGAAUGAAUCUGACAUCGCACGAAUUCGUCAUCUGUCAAGAAGUGAAACACAAACCUUUGAUUUUAUCAGAAUUCACGGGAACGUACAGCUCUUUACGAGCUUGUAUUGGAAUCAAUCCAUGGAACACCAAACAAGUUGCCGAUGCUAUAUAUAAGGCUAUCAUGAUGGAUGAAGGUGAAGCAUUUGAGAGAUGGAAAGAUUUACGCAGACAAGUAAUGGCACAAGAUGCUCAACAUUGGAUUCAAAGUCUUUUGGGCAGAUUGGAACGUGCGCAUAUUGAUCAACAAAGAAGAAAUAAUCUUUUCGUACCUAGAUUAGAGAUCGGUCAAUCGGAAUGGAGAGCAAGCAAGAGCAGAUUGAUCUUGUUGGAUCUUGAAGGCACUUUGAUGCGUGAUGAUCCUUUGUUGGAUUAUGCCAAGGGAUUUGAAGUGCCUGAAGAAGUGAUCAACGUACUUUACCAGCUGACCGAGGAUCCAAAGAAUCGUGUUUAUGUUUUGAGCGGUAAAGGUACACAAGAUCUUACCAAGGUUGUCGAAAGCGUACCGAGAGUAGGUUUGGUAGCCGAAAAUGGGUGUGCGGUCAUGUACGCAGGUAGCGCUCCACACGAACAUCCAUUGCAUAUUAGCGAUCACUACAGUCACAAAGGAGCACCAAAAUCAUGGACCAGCUUGGUCGCUGGUAUUAACAUGUCUUGGCGUGACCCCGUAAUAGAGAUCCUUCGCUACUUUACCGAACGGACGCCAGGUUCGUGGUUGGAAGAUCGUGGCGCUUCAAUUUUGUGGAGAUUUUGGAGUGAAGGGUUCGAUGAGAAGACAGCACAACAUAACAAGGAUUUCCUUUGGGCUCGUAGACAAGCAGCGGAGGUACAAAAUUUGAUCUAUGAUUCAUUAGGAGAAAGGUUCAGCUUACGCAUCAUUCCGGGCAAGACGAGCUUUUUGAUCAUGCCAAAGAACACUUCGCGUGCAAGUGCCAUUCAACAUUACAACACACAUCUUUUGCAUCCUUUUGGUUUGGGAUCAUUUGAUCUGGUAGUUUGCAUUGGUCAAGAUGAUAAUCUGUUUGCCUUUAUCAAUUCUUUGGAUCUGCCUUUUGCGCCAAUCACUUGUACAUCUGCAGGUCAUAGUGGUGAUAUGCAACAUGGUCAUAACAGUCAUUCUGUUGGCGUUGGAUCAGAGGCAAAUUAUUACGUCAAUGGACCAAAAGAUGUUUAUGAUUCUCUUUACGACAUUUUGGCUUUCCGAGGUCGAGAUCAAAAAUGGGGUGUUCCUGCAAUGGUGGACGUAUAGAUAAUUUUGUAUGUAUAUCGGAUGUUAAUCUUUCGUCAUAUCACGCCAUUUAACUUCUGUCAUCGAUCCGGCUUUUGCAUCAGCUUCAGACUGAAUUAGAGUCGUACAUGCUGGACAAUUUUAGAGAGUAGAUGGAAGAGAGAAAGAUCGAUGUACUUUUGUCUAGACCUAGAUUACAGGAAAACGUGUACAAAAAUAACUAUUCCAUGAAUAAAGCUAAAAGUGUUGCUCUCUGUAGAUAAGCACGC